AUGUCUGCUUGGUCAUUCCCACCCACUGUUCAUGACGAUGACUCUGUGCGCAGUGGUAGUACUGUCAAUUUGCAUACCCAGUUGUUGCCUUUUAGUACCGCAGUAUCUCGUCCUCCUACACCUGCAAUAUCAUGUGCCCAAGUCUUGGGCGGAUAUAGAUAUACUCCCAAUCAUAAGGAUACCGAGAAGAAUCUCAGGAGUCUGGCAACGACAUCCGGAAGGCUCGAUAUCUCCAUCUAUCGCGCUAUCGGGUGGUCAACUAUUAUCUGGGUUCCCCUGCAUGUCCUGAUCGAUGUCGUGCAAAAUGGUCCCCCGUCCGUCGAAGAGUUGCCUGCAGUUGUCGUCCGACCAUCAUCGAAUGUGGAUUAUCAAGCAUACGAAUAUCGAUUAUCAGGGAAUAAUUGA